GCCCCCUGGCGAAGUUGGCUACAUUGUAGCGAGCCGCGAGCGCAGGCUGCUUCUUUCGCCGCCGCCGCCGCCAUGGGAGCCGAGCCGCCCCGCCUGGCCCGCCAGCUGUUCCUGCGGGGCUUGGCCGCCGUCUACGUCGCCGCCUUCGCCUCGCUCUACGUCCAGGUCCCCGGCCUCUACGGAAAGGAUGGCAUCCUGCCCGCCCGGAAGGUGCUUCGCUUCAGCGGCAAGGGCUUCUGGGAGCAGCUGCGCGACUCGCCCACCCUGCUGUGGCUGGGGCCACGCCUGGGACUGGACACGGAGCAGGGCCUGGAACUGCUCUGCCUGCUGGGGACGCUGCUCUCCUUUGGGGCCCUGAUCCUGGAGCCUCUGCGAGACAGCCUGGUCUUCCUGGCCCUAUGGGCGUUCUACCUCUCCGUUUAUCAGGUCGGACAGGUCUUCCUGUAUUUCCAGUGGGACAGCCUCUUGCUGGAGACGGGCUUUCUGGCAGUGCUGGUGGCCCCGCUUCACCUGCUCAAGUGGCGCACAACGGCCUGGCGGCCGCACGACGGAGUGACCUUUUGGCUGUUGCGCUGGCUGCUCUUCCGCCUCAUGUUCGCCUCGGGGGUGGUGAAGCUAACCAGCCGCUGCCCCACCUGGUGGGGGCUCACAGCUUUAACCUACCACUACGAGACCCAGUGCAUCCCCACGCCGGCCUCGUGGUUCGCCCACCAGCUGCCUGUCUGGUUCCAGAAGUUCAGCGUGGUGGCCACUUACGUCAUCGAGAUAGCCAUCCCGGCGCUCUUCUUCGCUCCUCUGCGACGCCUCCGCCUCUUUGCCUUCUACAGCCAGGUCCUCCUGCAGCUUCUCAUCAUCGCCACGGGGAACUACAACUUCUUCAACCUUCUCACCAUCGUGCUAAGCUUCUCCCUGCUGGAUGACGAACACUUGGGGAUGUGGCUGGGCCACGGCCGGAAGAAAACGGCAGCCGCUUGGCCACCCAGCUUGGCGUCCGUCAUGUCCCUUCUGUCCGAACUGGGCGCUUAUGGCUUGCUGGUCUACUGGACAGCUCUUUACUUCGACCUGAAGGUCAACUGGGAGAAGAAGCUGAUUGAGUCCAAGGCAGCUUUCACCUACCACGAGUUCAUGCUGUGGUUGCGGAUGGUGACCCUCCCUCUGGCGGCCAUCGGACUUGCCUCUCUGGUCUGGGAGAUCCUUCAGGCUGGGUACAGGAGUGCUUGCACCCGUGGCUUUUUCUGGAAGCUCUGGAGCGCCACCCAGUGGGCCAUCUUCGCCACUGCGGCUCUCGGAAUGUUUACCAUCAGCCUAGUCCCCUUCACCUACAUUGAGUACGAGUCGAACGGGAAGCUCUGGCCCAGCGUCCACCAGCUCUUCAGCGCUGUCGACCGCUACCAACUCGCCAACUCCUACGGUCUCUUCCGGCGGAUGACGGGGGUCGGCGGGCGUCCCGAGGUGGUCUUGGAAGGCAGCUAUGACAAGGAAACGUGGACGGAGAUUGAGUUCAUGUACAAGCCGGGCAACGUCAGCGCUGCCCCCCCUGUGGUGACCCCGCACCAGCCGCGCCUCGACUGGCAGAUGUGGUUUGCCGCCCUGGCUCCCCAAGCGCACAGCCCCUGGUUCACAGGCUUCGUCUACCGCCUCCUACAGGGCAAGAAAGAAGUGAUCCAUCUUGUGCAGGUGGACGACUCCAAAUACCCCUUCAGCUCCAAACCCCCAACCUACAUCCGGGCUCAGUUGUACAAAUACUGGUUCACGGACGCCGGCCAGGAUUGGUCCCUCCCUCAGCGGUGGUGGAGGCGGCAGUGGCAGGAGGAAUUCUACCCGGCCGUCUUCCUCGGCGACCCCGUCCUGGACAACCUCUUGGUCCAACAUGGGCUUAAGGACAAGGCCUCCCCGAAGAGGGCCUCGGCUGCCCCGCUAUCGACGGCCCUGCAGCAAGUUCGAGAGUACCUCCACCCGUACAGCGGCCCGGCCGUCAUCUGGUCCCUGUACCUCACGGGGGCUGCCAUUUGCCUCCUGAGAGCGGCGGGGGGCUGGCUGCUGGCGGGGGGCGCCCCCAGCGGGCCUGGGAAGCCCAAGGGCACCAAGCGGGCAGAAGUGGACACCGGGGCCGGAGGAGACCAGGCGGCCGCCAGCGAAAAGAACGGGCAAGUGAGGAGGAAGGAGGCGGCAGCAGCGGAGAAGUCCAGGGGCCUGGCCGAGCCCCCCACAGACGGACCCCGCAACGUCAAGAAGAAGAAAUAAUAAUAGGUGCUGUUCCUGGAGGGGUGCCCCAUUCUGUGCCCCCAAUCCCACCUUCCAGGGGCUGACGGUUGCUCCCACAGGGCCCUGCCGCUUUCGGCCAGAAACGCCCGCAGAUUUUUGGGGUGCGGGUCUCUUUGGGGAUCUCUCUUGACCCUCGCUCCCCGCUCCUCCUCCUGCUUGGGGGGCUCUGCUUCACCUGCACAGGGCUUUCGGGUCUGGGGGCCUGUUGAACCUUUUCCUUUCCCUGCACCCCAAAGCUUUUCCCAGAUGCCGCCCAUGGAGUGGCACAGGCCCCCCAAAGCCCUUCCCAAGGCGAAGGACGAGGCUGUUCUAGGCUAAACAAAAGGCCUCUUUGGCCUCUUAAGACACCUCUGCACCCCCCCCCAAAAAACCCCUCUUUUAUUUGAUGCUGCUUAUUGAACGCGGUUUCAUUUUUUGGGAUCUUCCUGCUCCUCACGAGGAGCUGGAUGCCUGAAAACCAGGUGCGGGGAGAGUAUGUAUCCCCCCCCCCAAAAAAAUCUUCAUUUUUAGAUAAAAAAAAUCUCUGGAUUUUUGGCUCUGCUGCUGGAGCUGGCAUUGGGGGCGAAAGUCUGCUGGUCUUGGUGUGGGGGAUUUACAAGGGAGCUCCCCCCCAGGGGAAAACCCUUUCUCUCUUGCUGAGCGCUGUUGUGGGGUGGUGGGUGCCCCCCCCCAAAAAAGAGGGGCAGCAGAAGUGGCCGCCUUGCCUCGACUCGCAAACUUCUUUCUGGGCCAGCCCCUCCCCCUAUUUUCCUGGCCCUUGCCUUGACCUCAAUUGUGCCUCCCUUCCCCCCUCCACCUGGGGGGCAGGUGAGAUUGGCUUUGCCGCCCCCGCCCCUGUGCUGCCCUCUAGUGGGAGGGCCCUGAACAGCAACCUCGGUGGGCCUGUUGCCUCUAGCAGAUGCCCCCCACCCCGAAGGAAGGAGGUGCGCUCCCGGCGCCCAGAGACAGAGUGAUCUAUAAUUUUCUAAAUAAAGCCUUUACAUUCCA